UUUAAAAUUUCUUCUAGAUAAAAACAUAGAUUGUGAGAUUUUCGGUUUUGCCUGUGUCCCACACCUGGUAUUCCACAUAGUUUUAUGCUAUAUCCUGUUUAUGUUAUAUAAGUGUCACUGAGAAUUACGUCUUGAAGUGGCUGUAUCAGUAUCAGGACGUUCCAGAUGUAGAGAACACGGAACUCACAUAAUGCUAACCAAAGCAAAAAGUACUAACAUUUAUGUUUCAUGAUUUUCCAUCUACCGAAGUGUCUGGGUCAGAGCAUUACACUAUUAACAUAUUAUUCCUUUCCUAUAUAUUGGACCUGUCCUCAGUUAACAUUUGACUUUGCAUGAACUGCACUUCUGUGUCUGUGUCAUUCUUGGUCCCUGGAUCCAGAGCUUCUGGGUGUUCCAUCGACUGACUACGACUUUCAACCUAGACAAAAGUAAUAUUUUACAGUCUGGGGGCUCGUCUGCGAAAAAGGGGGGAAACCUCUUUGAACCGAGAGACCAAAGAAUAAAUGAGGCAGGCGCACCGGCGAUCAGGCAUGGACCUACAAUAAAGGGGCUGAAGAUUACUGACGUUUGCAUCACGUUUGCUGUCAUGGCUGAAGCGUUGUCCUUCUUAGAAGAGGAUCUGACCUGUGUCAUCUGUUGUGAUGUCUACACCGAUCCGGUGACACUGAAAUGUAGCCACAGUUUGUGCGAGAAGUGCUUACAGGAGUUCUGGAGCACUCAGGACGUGAUACAAUGUCCGGUCUGCCGAAAGGAAUGUUCACACGAUGAACCCACCAAGAGCUUGGCCUUUAAAUCACUCUGCGAAUCCUUCAAAAUGAGAAAACCCACAGAUGUUCCAGAAGACAUCUGUCAGGAACACAAGGAGAAACUGAAACUCUUCUGCUUUGAGGACAAGAAGCCCAUUUGUGUGGUCUGUUACACUUCAAGAAAACAUGAAAAUCACAAGUGUUCUCCUGUUGAAGAGGCUGUCGUGACAGUAAAGGAGGAUCUUAAGGAACGCAUCGAAAAAUUACAGGUGACCCUGGGUUAUCUCAAGAAAGCCCAAGACAGCUGCAUGAAACAAGACGAGCUCAUUGAGGAGCACAGCAGUGUUGAAGAAAGCCAGAUCAAGAAGGAAUUUGAGAAACUCCAUCAGUUUCUUAAAGACGAGGAGGAGAAAUGGAUCAGAACUAUGCGGAAAGAAGUGAAAUCUCAAGAUGUGAAAACCAGGAGCAGACUGGAGCAGCUGUCCAAACAGAUCUCAGCCCUGUCGGAGCAGGUGGCAGCUGUAUGGCAGGACCUAGAAGCUGAAAACAUCACAAUACUGCAGAACUACGCUGAAAACAUACGAAGACUCCAAUGCCCGUCAGUUCCAAAAACGUCCUUUGAAUUUAAGAUAUAUCAACAUCAUCCCACCCAGACCAUGAUCUUUACCACCUGGGCCAAAAUGCAGAAACUUGUGGAAAAAGCUCCUGUGAUGCUGGACCCAAACACAGCCUCCAAUAAAUUGCUGGUGUCAAAGGAUUGUUACAGUGUACAACAUGUCAAAAACAAAGUGUCAGGACCUGAGAAUCCAGAGAGGUUACAUCUGGGAGUUCUGGCUUCACAGGGCUUCAGUUCGGGUCUGCACUGCUGGGAUGUAGAGGUGGGGGACAACGACCACUGGACGCUGGGUGUGGUGGGGGAAACAGUGUACAAAAAAAGACUUUUCAUAAUGGAUCCCAGGAGUCGUUUUUGGUGCUUUCGAUAUGUGGAUGGUAUAUACCGGAAAAGCAAUAAGCCUAUCAAACACAAUGAGAGGCCUUUUAUCAUCCGACUGCAGCUCGACUUUGAUAAAGGUGAACUGAAAUUCAUAGAUUCCUUCAGAAACAAAAGUUUGUGCACCUUCACUGGUGGAUUUCCUGAGAAAGUGUUCCCAUAUUUCUGUACUGGAGAUUUGGACAAACCACUGACUCUUUACCCAGGCAAAUGAAACACAGUUUCUGAACUACUGAUAACCUGAUACAAAAACGUGACAUUUACUGUUGACAUUCCAAGUUUUUUCACCUCGGAAAAACGCGCAUAAUAAAAAAUAGUUAUUAACUGUUGUCAGCGUGACAAAGAUUAUGCGGAAUUGAAGUGCGCAUGCCCAGUGGAGGUAGCUGUAUCCCUUCUAGCCAGCGACAAUUUUUUCCUGUUUUCCCAUUCUAUAUCGCCACCGACUGCAUUUUUCCUGAUAGUAUGGCGAUUGGCAAAACUGGAGGUAAUUUCCUGUUCCUCCUGACAGUUAUUUGUUAUGGCAUUUAAAUAGAAUUGGACUAAAGAUGUGAACUAAAUGCAAACUCUGCUGAUGUUUUAUUUGUACAGAUCAGAAUAAAGGUGAAUAGGCAAAGAUGAAAAAUGCUCAUCGCAUGAAUACCAAGUAUUCUCCUUUUAUAUGUUUUUUUUCAGGGGCAGUCGUGGCCCCUGAAAAAUGGUUAGAGAGUCGGACUCGUGACCAGAAGGUUGCCGGUUCGAUUCCCAGGGCCGGCGGGUAACGACUGAGGUGCCCUUGAGCAAGGCACCUGACCCCUACUUGCUUCCCGGGCGCUGCAGUGAUAGCUGCCCACUGCUCCGGGUGUACGUGUGUUCACCACUUGCUGUGCGUGUGUUCACUACUCUCUGGAUGGGUUAAAUGCAGAGGUCACAUUUCGGGUAUGGGUCACCAUAUCUGACUAAUAGGUCACUUUCACUUCACUUCACUUGUAUAAAAUAUGCCACAGGAGUUUCACUGAAAAAACAAUUUUCAGCCUUGUGUGCAGGUAUGCAAACACAUCAUGGGUGAAAAAUGUGAGUCUUGAGCGUUUAAAUAAGAUUCAAAUAAUACAUUCAUAUUUAGUAUUAAGAAAUACUGCGUUUGUGUAAACCUUUAUAUGAACAUUGUGUUGUGGAAAGUUGGAAAUGUGUUAUGCUCAUAAACUCUCUGAAAUGCUGUUAUAGAUAUAGAUAUGAUUGAAGAAACUAAGGAUCACCUAUCAUUUCCCUAUCAAUAAAGCAUCAUGGUCUGUUCUAUUUAAAACCACAGCAUUAGUGUUCUUGUCAUUCUUCAGGUACUGCAAGUCAUUUUCUGUAUUUUGCUAUGACAUUGACAACAA